CACACACACACACACACAGCUCUCUGGCAGGCCUCAAAUAUCACCAUACCGCCACCGAGUCGGAGAUCAAACCUGCUGCAGAGGCAUCGCCAGCGUUACUGAUUCUUUCUGUUUUUAUGAAGAAAGGUGCUCAGCCACUCAGCUGCUGUUUACCUGGAGGUUGUUUAAAGGCGGAAAAAGGCAGCAAACCUCCUCCUCUUCCUCUGCCAGCCUCUCUUUCCUCUGGAGGAAGAAGGGCCAGUCGGCGUGUGCUGCGGCGGAGGAAAGGUGGUUGACGGCGACUCAGAGACCAGAGCUCCUGAGACAGCCAACAGUCCCGUCGCUGGGUCUCCUGGAGGCUGUUUGGAUAUUUGGGUGCAGCCAUGUCGCCGUUCCUGCGGAUUGGGUUCUCCCAGUUCGAGAUCGAUCCCGAUCUGGCCUACCAGGAAGAGGUGCUGAACCCGUACUGUGCUGUUUACAUGAAGGAAGCCAUUGACACAGCUGGAGCUGAAGCCACAGGGCCGCCUGCGGAUGGAGGCCAGAUAUUAUCUGGAGAAAAGUGAUGCUGCAGGUCAGACUGAGGGCGACCCAGAGGAGACCCAGGAGAGAGAGGGUCUGUUCGCGCUCCACCAUCGGCGAGGUGCCAUCAAACAGGCCAAAAUCCACGUGGUCAAAUGUCACGAGUUCAGCGCCACGUUCUUCCCUCAACCGACCUUCUGCUCCGUCUGCAAAGAGUUCGUCUGGGGUCUGAACAAGCAGGGGUACCAGUGCAGACAGUGCAACGCAGCCAUUCACAAAAAAUGCAUAGACAAAGUAAUCGCCAAGUGCACCGGGUCGGCCAUCAACAGCAAAGAAACUAUGAUCCAUAAGGAGCGCUUCAAGAUCGACAUGCCCCACAGGUUCAGGGUCUACAACUACAAAAGUCCUACGUUCUGUGAACACUGCGGCACUCUGCUGUGGGGGCUCGCCAAGCAGGGGCUCAAAUGUGAGGAAUGCAGCAUGAACGUCCAUCACAAAUGCCAGAAGAAAGUAGCCAACCUCUGCGGGGUCAACCAGAAGCUGAUGGCUGAGGCUCUGGCCGUCAUCGAAAGUCAACAGCAGGCCCGAAGCACCAGAGAACCUGAUAUCAUCGGUCGAGAAGGUCCGGUGGGCGUCGGCCAGCCAGGGGUGGUCCGAGCUCCAUCGGGGUUAGAAACCAGCACGGCGGCCGCAGCUACGCCUGCAAACAAAGAGGUGCAGGGGGUUGCGUGGGACGGACCGGGGGACGUCGGCAGGUCGAUCGCGGAGCUGCCGACAGGAGACGACCCACUGUACGCCGUCCCAAAUAAGGAACGCCAGCCCAAGUUCAGCGUCGACGACUUUGUCCUGCACAAGAUGCUCGGGAAGGGCAGCUUCGGAAAGGUGUUUUUAGCUGAGCUGAAGAAGAGCGGGAAGUUCUUUGCGGUGAAGGCUCUGAAGAAGGACGUGGUGCUGAUGGACGACGACGUCGAGUGCACCAUGGUGGAGAGGAGAGUCCUCUCGUUGGCCUGGGAGAAUCCUUUCCUCACACACCUUUACUGCACCUUUCAGACCAAGGAGAACCUCUUCUUCGUGAUGGAGUACCUGAACGGAGGAGACCUCAUGUUUCACAUCCAGAACUGCCACAAGUUUGACCUGCACAGAGCCACUUUCUACGCAGCUGAGAUCAUCUGCGGACUCCAGUUCCUGCACUCUAAAGGAAUCAUUUACAGGGAUCUGAAGCUGGAUAACGUGCUGCUGGACUCUGAGGGUCACAUAAAGAUAGCGGACUUUGGGAUGUGUAAGGAGAACAUGCAGGAGGACUUGCGGACGUCCACCUUCUGCGGGACACCCGACUACAUCGCCCCCGAGAUCCUGCUGGGUCAGAAGUACAACAGCGCCGUGGACUGGUGGUCGUUCGGGGUUCUGCUGUACGAGAUGCUGAUCGGUCAGUCUCCGUUCCAUGGCCGAGACGAGGAGGAGCUGUUUCAGUCCAUACGAACGGACAACCCCGUCUAUCCUCGCUGGCUCACCAAAGACGCCAAAGACAUUCUGAUCAAG